GAAGAAGAAGAGAGAAGGUGAAUUGAGCUAAUUGUAGUUUUCCAGCUCUUUUGUUUAAAUAAACUAUUUUUCUCUCAAAAUCAUCAAAUCUUUGCCUACGGUCAACCAAAACUCUCUCAUUCUCUGCAACUAUUUUUGGCUGAAUGAUCAAUGUUUCUCUUUUGGUGAAUUUUCUUCCAUUUCUUUUUUUUUUGUGUCACUCGUACCUUCCCAGGUCUUUAACAGGUGUCUCUCCGAUUGUGUCCAUUGGAUCUCAACCACUGUUUCCAUCCUCUCUCUCUCUCUCUUUCUCUCUUUUUUUUUGACUUCGCCAUUUUGGACUCAAUUUCGGCUUCUAUUAUUUUCCACCUUGGUCAAUAUGAUAUAAAGAAUCAUCAUCAUCCUGCUUCAAAAAAAGGACAACCGUUUAUUGUGAUUGAAUACUCUUCAAUUUUUGGAAAAUGAUUCGAAAGCCAAAUGAAGACCAAUUUAAUCAUCUUCAUUUCCAUUUCCAAAAUGAUUCAUACGAUUCACCAGCAUUUUUGCUUAAUUCGAUAAACUUAAAAAAAGGAGGAGAUGAUGAAUGGACAAUGACUAAUCUUUUCGCGACUUACCAUUUAUUAGUCCUCGGAAGUGAUCUAAUCGAAACCAGAAAAUAUUUUAGACAGAAACAAUUCGCCUUAUAUCAAAUAACACCUCACUCCCAUCCACACGAAAGAUAUCUCGCUGAAAAAAUUCGAAUGCCAAAUGAUGGUCAACUCGAACAAUUUCGUACUCAUUUUAAAUCGAAAAGCACCAAAAAUACACCAGAAAAAUUUCUGGCACAUAUUAACCUAGAGAGAGAUUCUGGUGAGCCCGGGUGGUCGUUCGACAAUCUUUAUUCGACUUACGAGUUAUUGAUUAUGGGGAGUAAAUUUAGAAAAAUGAUAAACGGCAAUCCAUCGAAUGAAUAUAGACAAGCGGCAAUUGAGAUAAAUCAAUUCCAGAUUAAUCGCGGUACUGCUCGUUUUUCGGAUUCAAUGGAUAUUCGCAAUCCACCUGCUACUACCAACCAUAAUCAGUUCUCUAUCAUUAGCUCGUCGACUUUUCAAUUCAACCAAUCGACUAGUCCCGUCCAACACCAGUCUCAAUACAAGAACUAAAAGUCAUAUGAAUGUCAAACUUGACCAGAGGACUGAACAGAAUUGAAGUACUCGACUUACGAUUUUCAAGGUCAUUGGGGUCAUUUCUCGGAGGACGCGUUGAAAGGUCAUUUUAAGUUCUUCAUGUGAAAAAGCAAAUCAAACAACUUCUCAAAUUUUAUUUUGAAGUGACUGUUUUGAAAGGACUGCAAGAUAUCAUAUAUUCCGUCCGAACAAUCAAACGAGUUUUAUCAGGACACUGAGCGCUAUCAUCAAUGAUUAUUUUUUAGUACGAAGUAUUUUCAUACGUCAAACAAA